UCAUAAAACAUUACAAAAUUAUGUAGUGUGAAAAUAUUUUCUACUAUAACGAUCCAGAUUAAUCUAGCAGAACAGGUAUGGCUGAUGAACAAGUGAAUGAAGCAAAGCUAUCAAAUUCCCAGUCUCCAAGAGAAUCAAGCAUCAGAUCACGAAAUGAUUUUGAACCAAUUACACCUGUCAUGCCUAUUGAAAAAGUUCAGUCGCCUAAAGUUCAAUCACCUAAAACCAGCACUCUUCGUACAUCACCAGUCGUCACUACGCCUGCAUCAUCCGUUAAAGGUUCUGUGCAAUUGUCACUUAAAAGUCAAAAAAGUAUCAAAAAUGAAUCAUUGGAAGCGACUCAAGUAGAAAAUAAAAGUUUGAAAAGUUUAAGCCUUAGGAAAGAUUUGAAUGACAACAGAGAAGAGAAUGUGAUAGGAAAAGAGGACUUCUUAUCAAGUCCUAAGGUUUGGAAUAACAAUAAUAAUGAAAUAAAAAAAAUGCAGGCUGAACCUACGGAUAAUACAGAACACUUACACAAUACACCCGUUUACAGUAAUAUAAAUAAAAUAUCAAACAUGAGUAAAAUACUAACAGAUGAAGCCAAUGCCUUGCGGGAAUCGAUAAAAAGCUUGUCUGAAGGUAUUGUUCGUACAAAACAAGAAUUAAAGGGUCAAAAAGAAGAUAUCAAUUUUCCAUACCAUCUCUUUUUAAUUGAAAUCAUAAUCAACAAAAUUAAUAUGAAAUGCGAAUGCUUUGAGUUAGACUACAACAACUUGGUUAUUGCAGCAACAUUUUUGGGAAAACCACCGAUAACACUGUACGAUUCGUCGUAUGGUAAAAUUGACGAUUUUUCCGAUCUGAACGUUGGAAAAUCAGCCUUAUUUGCAAUGACAUAUGAUAAGAUAUGCAGCAUUACAGAUUUCAUCGUGAAUUUAUCACUAACUAAACAACCACCUUGUUCGAAUUGUGUUUCGAAAAUUGCCGAAACGAAAAUAGACUAUACAAAUGAGUUCAAAGAGUUACGAGAUGAACUCUGCAAGAAGUGGACGAAGGAGCAACCAAACGACAAUAUAAUAUGCACAACGUCGACUCCACUCAACAGAAAUAUGUAUUAUCUGUCUUGUGGCGUACCAUCACAGAGAGAUGUUGAGGAAGCGCUAUUAAGAAGGAAAAAACAGGAACUAUUAGAAAAAUAUGGUUGUCUAGAUGUAAAAAUGGAAGAGAGCUAACGUAAGAAUAAAUUUAGUUAUAGGAUAUUUGUAACUAUAAAAAGCGUUAUUAUUUAAAAUUUCCCCA